CGUUAUUUAAUACUGCUAGAAGAAGAGGAAGCUGUAGGGUGGCAAAAUGAUCGGGGAUCUGUUGAUAUUGUGCACUCUGUUAGUGAACGCAGGCGCAGUGUUAAACUUUAAACUAAAACGAAAAGAGGCACCAGGACACGGGUUCGGAGAUGAUCCGAGCGCAUCAAGAACAGGUGAUAACAUCAGAGAGUUUUUACUAAGUCUGCGCUACUUCCGCAUAUUCAUCGCGCUGUGGAACAUCUUCAUAAUGUUCUGCAUGAUCCUGUUAUUUGGAUCAUAACACACUUCUGUGCCAGACUGGGGACCAACUUAAACACGAAGGACAAUCCUCAACACUUUUUCUUUGGUAGUGCGUUGUUGGGUUAAUCU